GCGGGCAGCCCGGCGAGGACCCCGGCUCCCGUGGAGCCCGGUCCCCGCCGGCGGCCGCGCGGACGCGCGCGAUGAAGCCCCGACCCGCGAGGUUCGUGGACCACAAGCUGAAGCAGCGAGUCGCGCAGUGAAUUGGCGCUUUAUUUGGCUUUCCCAUCACCACGUACCCCAGGCCCAGCCACGCCUCCCACCAUCACAGCACAGUUGACUGCGGAUCUCUGUGGUCGCUUUAUCUACGUAAGCCCGCAGCUGGCUCUCAGUGUCCCCACCACGUGCUGCCUCACUUCAUCAGUAGAUGUCUGGAUGGUGACUCCUAACUCCAGUGGUCCUUGCUCUCAUGUACCUCACCAGUAACAGAUGUGGCAAAUAUGUGGACAUCGGAGUCUUAGCAUCUGAUUUACAAAGAAUGUACAGUGUAGACUAUGGUCGAAGAAAAAGAAAUGCUUUUAGGAUUCAGGUAGAUAAAGUAUUUAGCAUAAUUACCAGUGAGAAAGAAGUUAAGAAUCUAACAGCAUUAGAAGAUGAGCAUCUGGCAAAAAGAGCAAGACAAGGUGAAGAGGAUAAUGAGUAUACUGAAAGCUAUUCAGACAGUGAUUCAAAUAUGGAAGACUACCCAGAUCCACAGGUGGCAAAUCACAUGAACAGCUCCCUGCUGUCCUUAUAUCGGAAAGGACAUCCUGAUUCUAUUACAAGUACUCCUGAGAUGGAGCCCAGAGAAACCACGGUCUCAGUCCCACGGACGCCUUCUGGAACAGGCUCCGGCCCGUUGAAGGCCCCAGCCAGAGCUUCUGAGGGAGGGUGGUUUAUCGACAGAACUCCUGCUGGAAAGAUGGGUCUGACAGACGAGAAGAGUAAUCACAAGCAGCCAGGAUCUGAGAAAGAGGAUUCCAAAGAUGCUUCCCUUCUGGAGAGUAAUGAGAAAAGGAAAGGCAGACUGAGGAGCAAAGGGAACAAAAGGAAGAAAGAUGUCCAGGAAGCAGAUGGGGAAAUAGAAGGUGUCCUGCAGAGGAAAGCUAAAGCCAAGGGGCUGGAGUUACAGGUCUCCAGGGUGAAGUUUGAAGAUGUGGGAGGUAAUGAUGCGACAUUAAAGGAAGUCUGCAAGAUGCUCAUCCACAUGCGUCACCCGGAGGUGUACCACCACUUAGGUGCCGUGCCGCCCCGUGGUGUUCUCCUACACGGGCCACCAGGCUGUGGGAAGACCCUAUUGGCCCACGCUAUUGCUGGGGAACUGGACCUCCCAAUUCUGAAGGUAGCUGCCACGGAGGUUGUGUCUGGGGUGUCUGGGGAAUCCGAGCAGAAGCUAAGAGAGCUGUUUGAGCAGGCUGUGUCAAAUGCACCCUGUGUCCUUUUUAUUGAUGAAAUUGAUGCAAUUACCCCCAAGAGAGAAGUUGCUUCAAAAGAUAUGGAACGAAGAAUUGUAGCCCAGCUCCUAACCUGCAUGGAUGAUCUGAAUACCACAGCUGCAACGGCCCGAGUCCUCAUCAUUGGAGCCACUAACCGACCGGACUCCUUAGACCCUGCUUUGAGGCGGGCAGGAAGGUUUGAUCGAGAGAUAUGCCUUGGGAUCCCAGACGAAGCCUCCAGGGAAAGAAUACUUCAAACUUUGUGCAGAAAACUAAGACUUCCAGAAACUUUCCCUUUCCGUCACUUAGCGCACCUAACGCCGGGCUUUGUUGGUGCUGAUCUGAUGGCGCUCUGCCGAGAGGCAGCUAUGUGUGCAGUCAGCAGGGUCCUGAUGACGCUGCAGGAGCAGCAGCCCACAGAUCCUGAGAUGGGAACAUUACCCUCCAAAGGAGGCCAGGAAGACCGGGUUGGCACUGAGCCGGCUUCUGAAACACCGGUGCUCUCUGUGCAGGAUGAAUUGCAGUGGCUGCUGGAGUUGCUGAGAAGCCAGGAUCCACUGUCUGAGGAGCAGCUGCAGGGACUAUGCAUUGAAUGGAAUGAUUUCACUGUUGCCCUGUCCUCAGUGCAGCCCUCUGCCAAGAGGGAAGGCUUUGUCACCGUCCCCAGUGUGACCUGGGCAGAUAUUGGCGCACUGGAAGAUAUCAGGGAGGAGCUCACCAUGGCGAUACUGGCACCCGUGCGAAGCCCCGAGCAGUUCAGAGCGCUUGGAUUGAUGACUCCAGCUGGGGUCCUCCUGGCUGGCCCCCCUGGCUGCGGGAAAACGCUCCUGGCAAAGGCUGUUGCAAAUGAGUCUGGCCUGAACUUCAUAUCUGUCAAGGGCCCCGAGUUGCUGAACAUGUACGUCGGUGAGAGUGAACGUGCAGUGCGCCAGGUGUUCCAGCGAGCCAGGAGCUCCGCACCCUGCGUGAUAUUCUUUGACGAAGUGGAUGCCCUGUGUCCUCGAAGGUCAGACAGGGAGACAGGGGCAAGUGUCCGGGUGGUGAAUCAGCUACUUACUGAGAUGGAUGGUCUGGAAGCACGGCAGCAGGUUUUCAUCAUGGCGGCCACCAACCGACCAGAUAUCAUUGACCCUGCAAUCCUGCGCCCUGGACGCCUAGACAAAACACUCUUUGUGGGUUUGCCACCCCCAGCAGAUCGUCUAGCCAUCCUGAAAACCAUUACAAAAAACGGCACCAGACCCCCCUUGGAUGCCGAUGUAAACUUGGAAGCCCUUGCUGCUGACCUGCGCUGUGACUGCUACUCGGGUGCAGACCUUUCUGCUUUGGUUCGGGAAGCUUCCAUCUGUGCCCUGAGACAGGAGAUGAUGAGACCGAAAGGCGGAGGUGACAGAGGUGAACUCAAGGUCAGUCAGAAACACUUUGAAGAAGCUUUCAAGAAAGUGAAAUCCUCUAUAUCAAAAAAGGACCAGGUGAUGUAUGAAGCUCUGCGGCAGUCUCUCCACCUGUGACCCCAGAGGAGGCCAGUGUGUCCAGCUGGCCAAGAAGCCCACUGGCGACGUGAUGCAGAUGGCCUCCCGUCCUGUGUGUGCGUGUUAUUCCCAGAGUGAUGCAGCUGGUCAGAGCCCACAGGCUUUCCUGUCUGGCCAGCCAGGCAUGGAACACCAUCCCUUCUCUUUAAGGAAAAGAAAGACAUUUAACUUCUGAAAUAACCAAUAUGUUUUUAAAAAAUGUUUAUUUUGAAAGUCUCCACUGCACUAUGGAAGCAUUGCAAUCACAGUAAAAGUACUUUUCCCUUGA